AUGAGGAUGCCCUGGAUUGUGAUAGGGGACUACAACAACAUGCUAACUUGCCAGGACAGAAUAGGAGGGAAUCCGGUAGCUGUGACUGAGUACAAAGAGCUGGAGGAUAUGAUUCAUAGGAAUGGAUUGUUUGAAGCUCCUUCUAGGGGUUGCCACUUUACAUGGUCCAACAAACAGUCUGCGGGGACUAUUUACUCCUGGAUUGAUAGAAUCAUAGGGAAUGGUUUGUGGUUCCAGGCCUUUCCGGAUGCUAUAGUUGAGGUGCUUCCACCUGGUAUUUCGGAUCACUCCCCUAUUAGGGUUAGCUGCCUGGCCCCUCAGGGUAGGAGAAAAGUGUUGUUCAAGUUUUUAAACUGUGUCACUAAAAAAGAGGGAUUCCAGGAUAUUGUGAGACAAAGCUGGAAUGUGAGGGUUCAGGGGAAUGCCAUGCAUCGCUUGUGGAUCAAGUUAAAGAGACUGCAAAACCCUUUAAGGCCUCUCUAUAAAAGCUUCACUAAUAUCCAGGUGCAGAUCCAUCAAGCUAGACAUGAUCUGACUGAGGCUCACCGUGUGUUAAAAAAUGAUUUAUUUGACUGUGGUGCUAUGGAGCAGGUGAAGAGUUGUACAAAUAAAUUCUUGAACUUCACCAAUUGGAGGAGGAUAUUCUCAAGCAAAAAGCCAAGAUUGAUUGGUUAA